GCUGUCCUCAAAACCUCCAGCGGCAAUAAUACAUCCGUGCAUUACCCCCAUCGGUCUGUAUGAGUCUCUAUAUGCUGAGCUGACUGGGAGGAGGUGGGAUCUAGCUACUGGUGGAAGUGGGCUUAACGUAUACGUUACGUGCGAGUCGUGCAGAUUGCAAACCACGAAUAUAAUUGCUGCCAACGACGGAUUCUUUCGGGGGAAAUCACUACGAGAAAGCCCCUCGCGGGAUAACCUCCCCUCCCUGCCAGCAACAUACAUCCAUCCACCACUUUCCUUUAUUUAUCGUCAUUUUUCUUUUGCCUCUGCUUCCCACUCAGACCCAGCGAGGUUCUCGUUAACCACAGCCGCCACCGUCGUCCACAUCACAGGCGGGGGCUGUGUGAUGAGGUCGCCCUGCAGCAGGGGUUUGGUUACGCUAAGAUUUUGUUGUUAGGACACUCUUCGCUUUCAGUUCGGGUCAACUUGUCGGCUUUUAAAGCCUCCUAGCACCCCGAGUGUGUGAAGAAAUACACAACAGACGCUACUACUGGGGCUGUGGGAACCGCUGAAUAUCCAUGAGCUCCGAUUUCCCUCACUACAGUUUCAGGAUGCCAAAUAUAGGGUUCCAGAAUCUUCCCCUUAAUAUCUACAUUGUGGUGUUUGGGACAGCCAUCUUUGUCUUCAUCCUCAGCCUCCUCUUCUGCUGCUACUUAAUAAGGUUACGGCACCAGGCGCACAAAGAGCUAUAUGCAUACAAACAAGUCAUUCAGAAGGAAAAAGUCAAAGAGCUAAAUUUGCAUGAGAUUUGUGCGGUGUGCUUGGAGGAGUUCAAACAGAAAGAUGAGCUGGGGAUUUGUCCGUGCAAACAUGCUUUUCAUAGGAAGUGCCUCAUUAAGUGGUUGGAGGUGAGGAAAGUCUGCCCGCUCUGCAACAUGCCCGUCUUGCAGCUCGCCCAGCAGGCCGGCAGCACGGACCCCCCCGUGCCAAUACAGCAGCCUCUACCCGGCAUCGAGAACCUGGUGUAGAAGAGCCAACCCCUCUCUUUUAGUACACUACAGACACACAAACACACAUCCCGUCACUCAUACUCUCACCUGUACAGCUACACCUUUGGUAUGAGUCUGUGGAUAAACUGGAGUUCAUGCGCAGAUACUCAUAAAAAACUGUGACUGUGCAGCCAUCGUCACCUCUCGUAUUCUUGCAUUGGUUCACAAAAAAGGUUUCCUGAUAUCAGUUCUAACUGAUAAUCAACUGUUUUCAUGUUUGUUUGUUUUUUUCUUUUUUCAUGGACAAUGAAGAAGAGUUGAUUUAGGAGAAGUUUCCUUCUUGGCCGAGAUGUGGUCGAUAACUUUUUCUCAACCAAUGCACUUUUCUGGGGACACCAGCUAAAGACCAGG